UUGAUUUACUCGAGCUGAAAAAACUGAGGUUAAUCGCUUGUAUUCUGCGGAUAUUUCCCUGCACAAGCGGACGCUUAGGUAUUAAGUUGAAGGUCGGGAAAAAACUGAGGUUAUUCAUCAUGGAUAGCGGGGACUUUAUGUCCGUACGUAAAUGA